AACACACGCGAAGGCACCAAGGGACCUCCUCGGUGAUUGGUAGCUGAACAGUCAUUGCAAUAAAACGCGCAUCGCUUCGGUUGCACAUACCGAAUUCCAUGAGAGCGCGCUUUGGUCUCCUGUUCGCCGUGGUCGCUGCCUCGCGAUCUGCCGUCGACAAUCACGGCGUGCCCACUGAUCCCAUAGGCACCCCGGACAAGGCCAAUGCAGACAGUCAAACCAGCGCUACGGUUGUCGACAGCACCGCAGCGAGGUCGUCAACAGACAACUACCAAAACAACUACACCAAUGGACGCAAGUACGGCCAGGACGGUGGCUUCAACCGCAUUGGGGGCUACAAGAACGGCUUGUACGGUGGCUACAACGACACCGGCGGCAGCGCAGAUUUCAACUACGCUACUAUUGUGUAUGUCCCCGGCGGCAACGUCAGCGUGGACUCCAACCACACGACUCAUUAUGUCCCCGGCGGCGGCAACACGGACGGACAUGACAAGAGCGAUGACACCUACAGAAGCGAUUUCCGCGGUCCGGACAACGAUCAUGCUGGUGGCUAUGCCUCGCACAACUAUUGGUCGCACAACAGCGCCGACGCGCCUCCGUAUCAUGCAGAAAGCCCGAUUCAAGGGCAGUGGUACCUGGGCAGUAACUACACGAGCAAUGACGUCUAUGUCUAUGGCCACCUUGCCGACUCGGACAACGGAUGCUCAUCCGUGCCGUGCCUCGAGCUCGUAAAGAUCAAGCACGGCAAGUGCUUGUACCGGCAGCUCGCGCCAGGCACCUUGUGCGUCAGCCAAAGCCGCCACAACGGCGGGCCCUGCGACGACGACAAGAAGGACUACUGCAACAGUCGCGGCACGUGCGUCGACGGCUACCGUACCGAGACCAACGUCCCUUGCCGCCCACCGGUGAGCGCCUGCGACGUGCCCGAGUACUGCACCGGCGACAGCAACGCGUGUCCCGACGACGAGUUUGCCGACACGUCGGUCGUUUGCACUGAGAUUGGCGCCUCGUCCCACGGAUCGUGCGACGGUGUCGACUACUGCGACGGUCGCGGCAACUGCAUCGACCGGUUCCUCGACUGCGACCAAAUCUGCCGAAAGCAACAUGACGUCUGCGAUCUCCCUGAGUACUGCACAGGCAUCGACGGCAGCUGCCCGCGCGACGAAUUCGCAGACUCGAGCACAGUGUGCACGCCGAUUGGGGCGUCAUCCAACGGUCCUUGUGAUGCGAUCGACUAUUGCAACGGCCGUGGCACGUGCACCGACAACUUUAACGUCGACACACUUUGUUACGAUCCUCGGGGGCUCUGCGACGUGGCGCGCUUCUGCGACGGCGCGUCGGCGGCGUGUCCUGCAGCAGGAUAUGGCCGCGAGUACGUACUUCUCGCCGACGACGCCAGCAUGACCGAGGUCAUCAUGCACAGCUUUCGCAUGUGCUCGGCCAAAGUCGCCGAAGGUCUCGUCUCGGUCGACGGCGCCAUGCCGAGCCACUCGGUCUAUGUGCUUCUUGCUGGCGUCGCCCUUGUUGCGGUUGUCGUUGCGAUCGUUGUCACCAAGGUCAAGCCGUUGUUGAGUUCUGGAAAGAACGACGACUACGCCCUCAUUACCGAAACUGUCUAGCUCGUUCGUCGCCGUGCCCCCGGC